AUGCAUAUACUGUUACUUCUCAUCUCUUGUAUUUUAACCAAUGGUCAUUAUUCAUUAUAUCAUUCUAAUAUUCAUCAAACUUCUUAUCUCACAUUCGAUUGUUUAUAUGCUUAUUUAAUUGAUAGUGGAAAGGAAAGUGGUGGACGUUAUAUUCGUAAUUAUCAUUUAAUUCCUUAUUGUAGACGUCCAGAUCAUGAUGAACAACUGGAACAAGUUUCCUAUCUGAACAAUGAAAAUAUAGCACAAACAAUAACUUUUAAUGAAUUAAAGAAACAAGGUAUCACUAGUGAACAAUUAAUUGAAUGGUUUGCACCUAUUGAUGUUGCAGAAAAAUAUGAGAUGAAUAAUAAUAGUAUAGACAUUUUUUAUAAAUGUGUAUUACCAUGGUUUGGUUCCAUGUGUCAAUAUAGAUUUCAGCAUGAACUACAAUUGCCAUUCGGCGAUAUUGUUGAAGCUACUUUCAACGAUUAUAUAGAUAUCAUUUCUAAUGUUACUACUGGUACAUGCUAUCGAUUUCUAGAUAGUUGUAACCAAGAAAUAUGGCCUCGAUGUCUUGAUUGGCGUGAAAUUUGUGAUGGAAAAAUGGAUUGUAUAAGUGGAGAAGAUGAACAAUGGUGUGAUCAGCUAGAAAUGAUUAAAUGUACUGAUAGUGAAUAUCGAUGUCAUUAUGGCGGUCAAUGUAUUCCACUAUCUUUUGCCAGAGACAGUAGACUUAGUAUUGAUUGUCUAGAUGGUAGUGACGAGCAAGAUAAUAUGAUGUCUUAUUCUUUAUUGAUCAAUGUGGGUUGUGCGAGUGUUCAGACAUUUCGAUGUCAAGAACGUACUGGUCGAUAUCCUUUGUCUUUUCAAUGUGGUGAUGGUCAAUAUUCGCAUGACUUUGAUGUACCCAGUUGGAUAAAUAUAUGUACAAAUAAGCGAGAUAUAGAAUUAUCUCGUACUAUCCUUACUUCAUUCAAUCAUAUCUCAGAUAUCGAUUGUCGGGAAGCAUUUUUUUGUGCUCUUUACUCCAAUCGAACACAAGAUAUAGCGGAUAGAUCUGUACUUUCAGAUAGAACAUCGGAAAAAUUUUAUAUUGAUAUAGCACAUAUUGAAAAUGGAUUUCACCAGUAUGAGUAAAUAUGAGCUAGACUACUGGUUUUCAAAAGUCUAUAAGUUCAGAGAAAUUAAUUGUGAUGAUACAGAAUAAGUGAGGUAUAGGAAGAAGAGAAUGUUUUUCAUCCUUUGAAAAACAAAACUUAUUAGUAGUCAGCAUUCUAAGGAAUAACUAUGCUUUUGGCAAUGAACUUUUGAAAUUCGCUGUUUUUCAAUUACAUGAACUUAUCAUUAAACAUCAACGAAAGUUAGUAGUUUUGACAAUAACACAAACCACGAAACACUACCAAGUUGUAGCUUUUCUCAUUGGAUUAACGUAAACAUGGGAAUACCGAGAAUAUGGUUAUGCAUGAGAGAGCAUUGUUUUCUUGAUUGCUUUUAGUAUCUUUGAUUUAUUUUCUAUAUAUCUAUCCUUCUCAUGUCUAUAAAACUAGCAAUAAUUUCAAGUCCCUUCUCCGAAAAGAGACACCAUACUCAACAUAAUCAUCUUAAUUUAGAUAACCCUUAGUGACUUGUCGCGGAUCAUUCCAUGAUUGGUAGUACUUAGGUUUGCAAACAGUACUUUGUAGAUAUGUGUUGAACAACCUAGUCCCUCGCCAGUUCAAGUCGUACUCUGAUAUAUUCUGAUAAACUCA